AUGAGCUGCCCCAUCGCCUCCGCACGAGGGCUGGCCACCAGCCGAGGUGCAGGCGGCAGCCGUGGCGGUGGCGGCAGCGGCAGGGAUCGAGCACAGCAGACCACGCGCCCUCAUUCCCAGAAAUCUUCAUCUUCAUCAUCAUCAUCUGCUACGCGAGGCGCUGGUGGCAAGGGCGGAGGUGGCAAGAGCAACGCCGCACGCGGGCCAGGCGCCGCGGCCGCUACGAAGAAGAGAGCGCCAUCGGGCGAGGCCUCCAAGGCGCGGCCGGCCGCCGAGGAGGAAGCGCUUGGAGGCGUCGAGUCUGACACCGAACGGUACACGAUGCGGCGAGACCCCGUGCUCGCGCUCGUGGGGCUUCCCAACUGCGGCAAGUCCACCCUCUUCAACAGGCCGAUGGUUACGAUGGGCAGGCUGGUGAGGAUGAACAAGAGCCUGGUCACAUCCGAGCCCGGCACCACGCGCGAUCGAGUCUACGCCUACUGCGACAUCGGCGGCCGAUCGGUCAUGGUGGUCGACACGGGCGGCAUGGUGGGCACGGGCGACUUCUUCUCUCCGCUCAUCCACGAGCAGGCCCUGGUGGCGAUCAACGAAGCCGACAUCAUUCUCUUCCUCUUCGACUUCCGUGAGGGCGUAACCAAGAAGGAUGUGGAAGUGGCGCGAGUGCUGCGAAAGCAUGUGCACGACAAGGACAUCGUGCUGGUGGCCAACAAGUGCGACAACCCCGACCUCGUCCUGGAGCUCGACGAACGCAACAAAGCCGGACCAACCGGCAAGCCGGACGACUACUGGCUGCUGGGGCUGGGUCCGGCCAUUCCCGUGUCGGCCAUCCACGGCGCCGGCGCCGGCGAACUCCUCGACAAGGUCUACGACAUCGUGCAGACCAAGUUUCCGGCCGAGGACCAAUCGGAAGGCACGCACCAGAUCACCACCUCUUCCGAUUGGCUCGCUACUGCGGGCCUGGUUAGCGACGCCGAGGCGGAGGCGGAGCUGGCGCGCAAGCGAAUCUCGAUCUCCAUUGUGGGCCGGCCCAAUGUAGGCAAAUCCUCUUUUCUCAACCAGGUGCUCGGCCGCGAGCGCGUGAUCGUCACCAACGUCGCCGGAACGACACACGACGCGGUGGACCACAGCAUCAUGUGGCGGGGCAAGAAGCCGCGCAAGCGAAAGCGCCGCGCGGCGAAAGCGACCAUGGGCUUGGAAGAGGAGGCGGCGGCGGCGACCACAGAAGGCAAGCAGCAGGACGCAGAAGUGGUCCACGCCGCCGAAGACGAUGAAGUCGACGAGCAGGAAGACGAUCUCGAAGACGACGAGCAGGAAGACGAUCUCGAUGACGACGAGCACGAGACAAAAGUCCGAGCAAAGAAGGCUAAUAAUACAAAACUCAAAGAGCCCGCGGCGAAUCCGGACGCCGACGGCGUGCCCAUUCGUAUCGUCGACACUGCGGGCAUCAACCGAAGGGCCACCCACGUCAAGGGGCUUGAGCGGUCGUCGGUGCUGUGGGCCAUCAAGUCGAUCAACCGCUCCGACAUCGUGUUGCAGCUGAUCGACGCCACGCAGGGCAUCACGGACCAGGACCUGCGCAUCGCGGAACACAUUCUCAACAGCAAGGCCACCACCAUCGUGGUCGUCAACAAGUGGGACAUGUCGAAGGAGAGCAAGCAAAAGUGGGAGAAGUACGUUCAGGAGACGCUCAAGUUUAUGAAAUAUGUGCCCAUCAUGUUCUGCUCGGCCAAGACAGGCGUCAAUGUGAAGGAGACGAUCGAUCUGGCGAUCCGCAUCACCCGGGAGAGGGCGCACUUCAUCAAGACGUCGACGCUCAUGAAGCUCCUCGAGAGCGCCCACACGCGGCACCGGCCCCCGUCCAAGAACGGCCGGCAGCUCAAGAUCCGCUACGCCACCCAAGCCAAGGUGAAGGUGCCGUCGUUCACGUUCUUUGUGAACGAUGUUGAGCUGGUGCACUUCACGUACCAGCGCUUCCUGGAGAACGCCAUCCGCGAGUUCCACCCCUACACCGGCAGCCCCAUGCGCCUCAUCUUCAAGGACAAGGAGAAGACCAUCGUCUCCUAA